GGGGGGGCUUCUGCAGGUUGUAGGAGAACCAAGAUGGAGGGGCAUGCUGAAAUGGAGAUGCUGAGGACCCUGCAGGGCCCCUCCCCAGGGGAGGUCAGCGUGCACCUGGUGACCAGGGACGGCCCGGGAUCCGCUCCCCACCUGCCUGCUACCGCCUUCAUCAUCCCAGCCAGCUCGGCCACUCUCGGCCUGCCCGGCAGUACUCUGGACGUGUCCUGCUUUCCACGGGAGCCGAUCCACCUUGGGGCCCCGGAGCGAGUCAUGGGCGUCCCGGUUACGGCCACUGUCCUGCCGCAGUUAAGCGCGGUGCGGGUGACCAGCCCCGGCUGCGGCACCGUGCGCCUCCUGGAGUGGACCGAGGCCCCGGCCCCGCCUCCUAGGAGCGGCCGGCGGUUUCGGCUCGGCGAGUUGGCGCCGCGGAGCAUGGUGGGCGCCGAGCAUCCCCCGAGCCCCGAGCUGCGGCGGGAAGGCGCGGCGGAGUGCGAGGCCGGCGAGGCCCCGGCGGGCGGCGGCGGCGCGGUCGCCCAGCAGCCGGGCCUCCCCCAGGACCCUCCGGCAGAUCCCCGGCAGGACCCCCCCGAGGACGAAGGCUCCUGCCAGCGCGGGGCGUGGGGGCCGCAGCCAGGCGCGGAGCCCGGCUCGGGCCACGACGGCUGCGCCCCGCUAUUCCAGGAGCGGUCCGUCAUCGUGGAGAACUCGGGCCCCGCUGCUUCGGAGCUGCUGAAACCCGUGAAGAAGAGGAGGCGCCGGCACUACCAGAGCCCGUCCGACGAGUCAGAGCCUGAGCCCCCGGAGAAGCAAGAAGAAGGAAAGGAUCCAGAGCGACAGCCUUCCACUAGCACCCCGGAAAGUGAGGACUGGAGCAGCAGCCAGCCUGGUGACAAAACUGAGAUCAGCAGACGCUGGAGCUCUUUAUCCAGGGGACCGCUGGGGGACACGAAGGAAGGCUGGUCGUGGGAGUCGUACCUCGAGGAGCAGAAGGCCGUCACUGCCCCUGUCAGCCUCUUCCAGGACUGCCAGGUGGCCCCUGAGAUCAAGAAUGGCUUCAGACAGGGCAUGAAACUGGAAGGCAUCGACCCCCAGCACCCUUCCUUGUAUUUCAUCCUCACGGUGGCCGAGGUGUGUGGGUACCGCCUCCGCCUGCAUCUGGACGGGUACUCGGAGUGCCACGACUUCUGGGUCAACGCCAACUCCCCCGACAUUCACCCCGCCGGCUGGUUCGAGAAGACCGGGCACACGCUGCAGCCCCCCAAAGGUUACAAGGAGGACGAGUUCAGCUGGAGCCUGUAUCUGCGCAGCACCCGAGCUCAGGCCGCCCCCAAGCACCUGUUUGUGACUCAGAGCCACAACCCUCCAGCCCUGGGCUUCCAGGUGGGCAUGAAGCUGGAAGCGGUCGACCGCAUGAACCCAUCCCUCGUCUGCGUGGCCAGUGUGACCGACGUGGUGAACAGCCGCUUUCUGGUGCACUUUGACAACUGGGACGACACUUACGACUACUGGUGUGACCCCGGCAGCCCCUACAUCCACCCGGUGGGCUGGUGCCAGAAGCAAGGGAAGCCCCUCACGCCUCCCCAAGACUACCCAGACCCCGACAGCUUCUGCUGGGAGAAAUACCUGGAAGAAACCGGGGCCUCUGCCGUGCCCACGUGGGCCUUCAAGGUGCGCCCCCCGCACAGCUUCCUGGUCAACAUGAAGCUGGAGGCCGUGGACUUCAGGAACCCGGCCCUGAUUCGCGUGGCCAGUGUGGAGGACGUGGAGGACCAUCGGAUCAAGCUCCACUUUGACGGCUGGAGUCAUGCCUACGACUUCUGGAUCGACGCCGACCACCCCGACAUCCACCCUGCGGGCUGGUGCUCCAAGACUGGGCAUCCCCUGCAGCCUCCUCUCCGCCCCCGAGAACCCAGCUCUGCCACCCCCGAAGGCUGCCCUUCUCUCGCCUACCAGAGCCUGCCCCACGCUAGGACGUCCAAGUACAGCUUUCACCACCGGAAGUGCCCCACCCCUGGUUGUGACGGCUCGGGCCACGUGACGGGCAAGUUCACGGCUCACCACUGCCUGUCGGGCUGCCCGCUGGCCGAGAGGAACCAGGGCCGGCUGAAGACGGAGCUGUCGGACACUGAGGCUGCGGCCCGCAAGAGGCACCUCGCGGGCUUCUCCCUCAGGAAGAAGCCUCGCCACCACAGCCGGAUCGGACGUCCGCCGAAGUACCGGAAGAUGCCCCAGGAAGAUUUCCCGACUCUGAGCACGGACGCCCUUCACCCAAGCCUCUUCCUGUCGGCCCUGUCCACGCACCCUGACCGCUCACUCUCGCUCUGCUGGGAGCAGCACUGCAAGCUCCUGCCAGGCGUGGCGGGCAUCUCGGCCUCCGCCGUGGCCAAGUGGACCAUCGAUGAGGUCUUUGGCUUCGUUCAGACCCUGACGGGUUGCGAGGACCAAGCGCGACUCUUCAGAGAUGAGAUGAUUGACGGCGAGGCCUUCCUUUUGCUGACACAGGCGGACAUCGUGAAGAUCAUGAGCGUCAAGCUGGGUCCCGCCCUGAAGAUCUACAACGCCAUUCUCAUGUUCAAAAACGCCGAUGACUCCCUAAAGUGACCGGCUGGGAGGGGUGGGCCCCCUUCCG